UACUGCAAAAUAUUGCCAUUUGGAUUUUAAUAAGUAAUCUGAUGCGUCAUCAAACAUUGCAUGAUGUCCAAGGUCCCUUGCAAUGUCCAAUUUGCAGCAAAUCUUUCGUCAAAAAAUUUUAUUUGAUCUGUCACGUUCUUAUUCAUUGUGAGGAAAAUCUGUACGAGUGUCAGGUGUGUCAGGAAAAGUUUUCUAGGAAAGACCAUCUCAAACUACAUAUGCGCGUUCAUACAAGACAAAAGCUGUUCAGAUGUGAAACUUGUGGACAAACAUUUACUCAGAAAGAUACUUUAAUGCAUCAUCAAGUAUUACAUACAGGCCAACGUCCUUUUGAAUGUCCCAUUUGCGGCAAAAGUUUCGUCCUAAAAUCAGACUUGCCCAGACACCUUCGCGUCCAUACAGGAGUGUAUAAGUGUCAGUUGUGUCAGGAAAGGUUUUCCAAAAAAGAUCACCUCGAUGAUCAUAUACGUGUUCAUAAAGGAGAAAAGCUGUUCAAGUGUGAAACCUGUGGACAGAGAUUUACUUAUAAAAGUGGUUUGACGAGUCACAAAAUGAUGCAUACGGGCGAACGCCCAUUUAAAUGUCCGACUUGCGGCAAAGGUUUCAUCCGAAAAAUAGACUUAAAUAGGCACGUUCACGUCCAUACCGGACAGUACAAGUGUCAAGUGUGUCAGAAAAGAUUUUCUGUAAAAGUACAUCUUGAUAAACAUAUGGACGUUCACACAGAGUAAUCACGAAUGUAAAAUUCUUUUUUCUAAAGAACACACACCUGCAGUUAAUUAUUACCAUCAGUUUAUAUUCACACAGUUUUAUUUUUUUUUCUUACACGUCGUAAUUUAUUUAAAAAGCAAUAGGUAACUAUUAAGUUAAAUUUAGUUUCAU